AUGUCACCUGCCCCCAAAAUUACCGACAAAUCAGACCCUAAACCACAGAACUUAUCCGAAAGGGGCUCGCACAAUAUCGCAAGGGGCAUGCCCCAUCCUUACCCACUUCCUAAAUUCGAUGACAAGUACGAGGAGCGCAAAUGGGCAAAACAACAUAUGGCCGGAGCUUUCCGUGUUUUCGCAAGAAAGGGAUAUACUGAGGGCACUGCUGGACAUAUUUCUUUGAGAGACCCGGUUGAUCCAGACACUUUUUGGAUCAACCCCUUGGCAAAGCAUUUCGGCUUGAUCAAGGCUAGUGAUUUGGUACACUGUGACGAAGCAGGAAAUGUGUUGGCCGAUGGCCCACAAACUGCCAUUAAUGCAGCUGGCUUUGCGAUUCACUCGGCUGUACACAAGGCGAGACCAGACGUGAUUUCCGCGUGCCACACGCACUCCACAUACGGCAAAGCCUUCUCUGCUUUAGGAAGACCUUUGGAUAUGAUCAGCCAAGACGUUUGUACGUUCUACAGAAGCCAUAGCGUGUAUACUGAUUUUGGUGGAGUAGCCAUUGAUGAGGAAGAAGGUAUUGCCAUCGCGAGUGCUCUUGGAGAUGGAAAGGGCGUCAUUUUGCAAAACCAUGGGCUCUUAACCGUGGGAGCCACCGUUGAUGAGGCAGCAUAUCUCUUUACAUUGAUGGAGAAAAGUUGCGAGUGCCAAUUGUUGGCAGACGCUGCGUUGAGGCCAGGAGAAAAGAUGAAGUUAUGUGGGGAUGAAGAAGCUGCCUACACUGAGCACAUGUCCGGCGACCCAGAAACACUCUAUACAGAGUUUCAGCCGGACUUCGAGAUGGAGCUAUAUCAUAAUAGUGACUUCUUGCAAUAA